AGGACAAAAUGGACUCAAGAUUCAGCCUCCGGGGGAUGGCUGCCCAAGGAUGCUUCCCUCUGCUGGACCCACAGCUCCUCUGGACGUGGCCGGCCCCAGACCCUCUCUGUCUCCUUCCUGCCUUCAGCCUCACUGGAAUCAGGUGACAGACACUGUGCAAGUUGUAGAAUCUUCCUGGUGCUUUGUCCUCACCUCUGAGCUCGGCAGGUGCUGGACGUGGACCGUGUGGUAGAGUAAGGUCCAGAAAGGGGUUUCUUUCACCGGUUACGCACAGUGCCUCAGCAAGGAGGGCCCAGGACCAGGGCUCCCAGCCAUCAGCCCCUGCAGAACAGGCCUGGAGGAUGCAGGACGCCAAGAAUUCAACUCUUUCUUGGUAAACCGUUUCCACGGGGCUCACCAUGGCUCCUAAGCCACAGGGUUUAGCAGCUGGGGUGUUGGGGGGAAGGGAGGGCGUUUACAGCCCGCCCAGGCCCGGGGCAGGCCACGCGGUGGGAACUUCCCGCCCGUCGAGCCUAGGCCUAUGGAAGCAGCUGCUCUGCCUAGCCCCAAGGAAGUUCAGUGCCGAUUGGAUGUUGCGCCGUCCAAUGGGAGGCGGCGUGCUUCACGGGUGCCGUUGCCAGGACACCGCGUAAACAGGAGCGGAGCGUUCGCGCGGUCGGCGGCAGCCAUGGCGGCGGAGCUCCGGGCCAGGACUGUUUCUUCACCCAGGGCCUCAAAGGAGCCCAAAAGAAAGUUGAGUUUUAGUGAAAGGCACCAGAAAUUAGUAGAUGAAAAUUACUCCAGAAUAUCGAAUAUAGAAGCACUGAAAGUAAUAGAGCGCCAAAUCAAGAACCAGAAGGUGCAGAAUGACAAUGAUGAGCGACUCGAGCACAAGAGAUUCCUUCGAAUCUUACAGAAUGAACAGUUUGAGUUGGAUAUGGAAGAAGCCAUCCAGAAAGCAGAAGAAAACAGGAGGAUACGGGAACUGCAGCUUGAACAAGAAGAGAAACUGGCUCAGGAACUGGCAAAACUGAAACAUGAGAGCUUGAAGGAUGAGAAAAUGCGGCAGCAAGUGAGAGAGAGCAGUCUUGAGCUCAGAGAACUGGAGAUGAAAUUAAAAGCGGCUUAUAUGAAUAAAGAGAGGGCAGCCCAGAUUGUGGAGAGGGACGCCAUGAAAUAUGAGGAAAUGAAACGUGAUGCCGAAAUAGGGAGAACCAUGAAGGAGGAAUACGAGCGGGCACUGGCGGAGGAGAGCGCCGCCGAGGACAGACGGAACAAAGAAAAGGCUCAGUACCAGUUUGAGCUGGAGAAGCAGCUGGAAGAACAGGAAAGGAAAAAGCAAGCCGCUUAUGAGCAGUUGCUGAAGGAAAAACUCAUGAUUGAUGAGAUCAUGAGGAAGAUCUGUGAAGAAGAUGAGCUGGAAAAGCAACACAAGUUAGAAAAAAUGAAUGCAACCCGUAAGUAUAUUGAAGAGUUUCAGAAAGAGCAGACUCUCUGGAAAAAUAAGAAACGUGAGGAGAUGGAAGAAGAAAACAAAAAAAUCAUAGAGUUUGUUGAGAUACAGCAGCAGAGAGAAAAAGAGCGAAUUGCAAAAAUUCAAGAGUAUGAGAAGAAAAGGCUACAUCUUCAGAAACAGGCAGCUCAGAAAUUGGAAGAAGUGUUGCAGCAACGUGACGAUUUGGAACAAGUGCGUCAAGAGCUAUACCAGGAAGAGUGGGCCGAGAUGUGCACGAGGAAGCUCAAAGAGGAAGCAGAAGAUAAACUGAGAAAGCAAAAAGAGUUGAAGCAAGAUUUUGAAGACCAAAUGGCACUGAGAGAACUUGUACUACAAGCCGCAAAAGAAGAAGAGGAGAGCUUCAGAAAAGCCAUGCUAGCGAAGCUCGCCGAGGAUGACCGCAUAGAACUGAUGAAUGUUCAGAAGCAGAGGAUGAAGCAGCUGGAACACAAGCGGGCAGUGGAGAAACUGAUUGAGGAGCGGCGCAAACAGUUCAUUGCAGACAAGCAACGUGAACUGGAGGAGUGGCAGCUGCAGCAGAAGCAGCAAGGCUACAUCAACACCAUCAUUGAAGAAGAAAGGCUGAAACUUCUCAAAGAGCACGCUGCCAAGUUACUGGGCUAUCUCCCUAAGGGAGUAUUUAAAAAAGAGGAGGAUCUCGACCUGCUUGGAGAAGAGUUCAGGAAAACAUAUAAGACAAUGAGUCAAUUCCAUGCAGCAAACUGACGCUGGCCAAAUGUGGUAAAAUAUAGUUCUGUGUGCUACCACUAGGUGGCAGUGUAAGCUGUGUUACAGUUUAGUACUGUGCAGAUCAAUGGAAUAUCUUGCUCUGUUUCCUAAUUCCUAAACCAUUUUGAGAUAAAAAUUAAAUUUAUUUUGUUUGUAAAGUUACUUUGUUACUAUUAUACUGAUAACCUGAAGAUCGGGACUCUAAGCUAUGGAUAGUAGAGUCCUAGUCUGCCUUCCUCUUCUAGAAUAUACAGUAUUUCCAAGUAUAGUUUAUAAGAAAGAGUCAAAAUUAAAUUCUUGCUGUUUUAUAA